AUGCGGCCCCGUCGCCGCCCUUUCAGCGGCCCCGUCGCCGCCCGCCCUUUCAGCGGCCCCGUCGCCGCCCUUCCACGGCAUCGCCGCCCGCCCUUACAGCGGCCCCGUCGCCCGCCCUUCCGCGGCCUCGCCACCCGCCCUUACAGCGGCCCCAUCGCCCGCCCUUCCGCGGCCCCGACGCCGCCCUUCAGCGGCCCCGUCGCCGCCCUUGUUAGCGGCCCCGUCGCCGCCCUUUCAGCGGCCCCGUCGCCGCCCGCCCUUCCAGCGGCCCAUCGCCGCCCAUUCAGCGGCCCAUCGCUGCCCUUCAAGCGGCCCCGUCGCCGCCCUUCCACGGCCCCGUCGCCGCUCAGCCGCCCAGCGCCCGAGCCGCCGAGCAGCCGAACCGCCGAGCAGCCGAGCCGCCCGACCACCGAGCCGCCCAGCAGCCGAGCCGCCCGACCACCGAGCUGCCCAGCCGCCGAGCCGCCGAGCCGCCCGACCGCCCCACUUGUCUGGGACCACUUCCUCUCAGUUUGCCCCACCACUCUCAUCGUUGACCUCCUUGAGAAGGCCCUCCUAGCGAUAGAGAAGAGCAUAGUCGCUGUAGGAGCCUCUCGUGGUGACCCUCGCACCCCCGUCUUUGAGGGGUGUUCUCCCUCCCCCCUCUUGCCCUCUAUUGCCUCUGCUGCUGCGGCCGACCUCGUUGGUUUCGAGUCGGUCGGCGCUGCGUCUGCCCCGAGCGGGAGACGCCACACCAACAAGGGCAAGGGGGGCAAGGGCGCUGGAGGGGCUGGAGGGGGCGGUGGAGGUGGUGGUGGAGGCAGUGGAGGGAGUGGGGGUGGUGGUGGGAGUGGUGCUGGGGGUGGCGGCGGCGGCGGCAGCAGUGGAGGCGGCGGAGGCGGUGGUGGUGGCGGAGGGAGCGGAGGCGGCGGAGGGAGCGGAGGCGGCAGAGGGAGCAGAGGCGGCGGAGGUAGCGGAGGAGGCGGAGGCGGAGGAGGCGGCGGAGGCGGCGGUGGCGGCGGCGGUGGUGGAGCGGGUCGCGACUCUGCGCAGAGGAGUGGCUCAAGUGGUGGUCCGCGCCAGCAGUAG